AUGGAACAAGCUUGUGUCAAGUCUUCCCAGCACCGUUUAGAUGACUGGUUAAUUAUUCUCAAAGAACAUCAUAUUUUAAAAUCUCUUGGCGAAGAAAGAGAGGCGUUUGAAAGAAGUUUAGAACUUCCAACGAUUCCUGAAAUGAUAUUCGAUCAAAAUUCCUUGUCAAUUUGUUUCUGUCAACCAAAUAAUGAACAACUAUGCAAAAUUGAAUUUAAUGCACUUGAUGCUCUUAAAUUAGUCGACCCAAAGAAUAUAACUAUAGAGGUACCAUUUGCAAAGGACUGGAGAGAUUCUCGAAUUAAUAAUCAAGAAGACAUACUGCCACAUAAACCAUAUGACUGGACUUUCACUACUCCGUAUACAGGCACUUUGUCUGGUCCCUGGAGUAUAUCUCCAACUUCCGAGGGUUUAGAUAUGGAGUAUUUACGUCGGAAAGAUCCUAUUCGCUUUUUUGUCAAUACAACGCUAUAUGAAGAUGAACUAGGUGAUAAUGGUGUAUCUAUUCUGAAUAUAAAGUUUCGUGCAAUGUCUUCUGGUUUCUUUUUGUUACAACGUUUUUUCUUACGUAUUGAUGGCGGACUAAUACGAGUGUAUGAUACUCGAUUACAAUGGCGUCAAAAUGAUAGUUAUUUAAUUCGUGAUAUACGCCGAAUGGAAAGUUCAUCUUGGAGAGAAGAUAUGGUUGGAAUCAGUUUAGAAAUAGCAGAUCAACUAUGUGAUACAGUUAUAGAGCAUUAUACAGAAAAACUUGUACCACCAUAUGUAAAUUCACCCUAA